CAUGAUCAGCCAUUGCUUGAGGCAAAGAAAUCCAAAGUUUAACUUUCUCUUUAAUUUAUCUCUCACAUUUGGAGUUAGGAUCUAAGAGCAUCAUCAACCAGAUAGUCCAAUAACCGAGAAGCAUCAAUCAUCCUGAUAUAGUUAUAAUGCGGAGGAAUUCUACACUUUCGGCAACUUACUCAGCUAAGACGGACUUUGAUGAUGACCAAAUGGAUGACUUUCAAGAUGAAGAAGCUCAGGAUGCUCCCACUCAAGAACAAGGACAAAAACAAGCUGCUGAUCAAGAAAUUGAACAACGGUCUCAACUUGAUGAAAGGGACAUUGAAAGUCAAACUCCUAAUCUUAGCGGCAUUCGAUCAGAGGUUGCAACAGAACAUCGGACUCUAUAUCUAGCUGCUUUAAGAGACGAUUGGAAAGCAGCUGAACCUAUUGUAAGAAACAAGCCUAGUUUAGCGCGGGUUGCGAUAACGAGACGGGAUGAAAGAGUUCUACACGUUGCAGUUGCAGCAAAGAGCACCAAAUUUGUAGAGGGGCUAGUGGAUCUGAUGGAUAAAGAAGACUUAAAACUGAAAAAUACUGGGGGAAGCACCGCGUUCUGUUUUGCAGCUGCGUCAGGGGUUGUUGAAAUUGCUAGAGCAAUGGCCGAAAAGAAUGAGGAACUAGCUAACAUCCGCGGUGAAGGUCGCAUGGCACCAAUCACUAUGGCAGCUUUGUUCGGGAAUAAGGCUAUGGUAUCAUAUCUCCACAAUGUCACAAAUCUGAAAGCGCUAGAAAAAUCUGAACGCUUUGAUCUUCUUGAAGGCACUAUCCAGAAUGACAUGUAUGAUGUGGCAUUAGCUCUAUUCAAGGAGGACAAAACUUUAGCCACUUACAGACCAGCAGAAAAUCAUUCUAUCUUAAAUAUGUUAGCUAAAAAGUCUGUAAAAAUCAGCAGCCGAAAUCUAGAAGGGAAAUCAGAAAGAUUCAUUCAUAGACGAGCUUGUUCGCUGGUGUGGGGAAUGUUUACAUGGUUGAAAAUAGUUCGAGAACUGCGAGAGAAAACUUUACUGAAGAUGAAAGCUAGUGAGCUACUUGAGGAGCUGUGGAAAGAGUGUAGUGAAAAUUUGGCAGAGGAUGAGCUAAAGAGGCUAGUCUCUGAGACAAACAUACUCCAUUCUGCCGCAAAAGAAGGAAAUGUGGAAUUUUUAGCUCUGCUAAUUCGCGACUAUCCUGAUCUCGUAUGGGAUGUCAACCAAAAAGGACAGACCAUCUUCCAUGUUGCUGUUUUACAUCGUCAAGAAAAAGUCUUCAGUCUUGUACACCAAAUUGGAGCGAUUAAAGACUUAAUUACACUUAUCAUAGAUGAUGAAGACAAUUACAUUCUACAUUUGGCUGGAAAAUUGGGGGAGCCAGUCCUUCGCGUUAAUAAAAAGACACCUGGCCCUGGGCAACAACAGCUUGGAGAGAUGGAAGAGAAGAUUAUGCCGACAUCAUUUCUCAAUGUGUCUGGAGCAGCUCUUCGACUGCAAAAAGAGCUAUUGUGGUUCAAGGAGGUGGAGACAAUUGUGCCACCUCUAAUCCUCCGGAAGGAAAACAAGGGUGGGAAAACUCCGAGGCAAUUAUUCACAGAGGAGCACCAGCUCUUACUGAAAGAAGGUGAAAAGUGGAUGAGAGAUACAGCAAAUUAUUGUAUGAUUGUUGCAACCUUGAUUGCUACGGUGAUGUUUGCUGCUGCCUUUACUGUACCAGGCGGUAAUAACGACGUUGAAGGUACUCCAAUAAUGAUACAAUUGAAGGGAUUUACGGUUUUUGUGGUAUCAGAUGCAGUGGCAAUGUUCAGCUCAAUUGUUUCCAUCAUUAUGUUCUUGUCCAUUCUGACGUCUCGCUACACUGAGGAUGACUUCCUUGUGUCAUUGCCUAAUAAAUUACUGUUUGGUCUCACGACACUCUUUGCCUCGAUAGUUGGCAUGGAAUUGGCUUUUUCAGCAACUUUCGUCUUGGUCUAUAGUAAUCAUAUGGCUUGGGAGCCGAUGCUCAUUGCUGCGUCUGGUGCUGUUCCUGUAGCUUUAUUUGGGUGUACAUUAUAAGUUAUGGUGGGACACGGUAAAAUCAACAUACUUGUCCAAAUAUCUCUUUAAACCGCGAAAGAACGGGUUGAGGUUGUAUUAAGUAACAAAGAUCUGAACCGAAGAUUGGGCUGCGAAAGACAUGCUCUAAUGACAAACAAAUCCUUCACCAAUGGGGAAGCAGGCUAAGGCUGUAUGCUUGAUUAGUUAUUACUACUAAAUACACAAGCAGCAGCAUUGAAGGUGAUGCUUAUUUCACAAUAAGUUACUUAAUUGCGCAAUAACAUGUUAGGGAGGAACUUUCCUGCGAGUUUUAUUACCAUUUGUUCUUUUCUUUGUUUCAUUAUCAUAUUGUAUUUGUUGUUGUAUGUUAGGAACUCUCUUAUCGGUAUUUAAGGAAUAUUUAUAGUCAUUAUGACAAGCCUACUUUGGCCACUCCCUUCAAUCACUAAA